UUCCGGAUCCGCGUCACAAAGCAACAGCGAAUGUUGACUUUUGCAAUACAAGCAUCGACCAAAGCACCUUCCAGCCAGCUCUCUCUCUCUCUCUCAACGACUGCCUUCUCAGUUUUCUUCUUCCUCCUCCUCCUUUUUCUGGUGGGAACGCGUCAACUUCUUUACUGUAUAUAAACCUUUCACAUUCCUCAUUCCUUUUCAUGCCUGAACAGACAAGUCGAGAGAACUCACACACAUUCUAGCGGCAACAACUCCUUCUAUUCUAAGCCAUGGCCUGGCCUCGUAGUACUGUUGCAUUUACAUACUAUUCCUUUAUGCUAUUCGUUUUGUUGGUGGGUUUCGGUUCCCGGAGCUGCUAUGGGUUCGGGUCGCAGUUCGGGUUCGACAUCCACCACCGGUUCUCGGAUCCGGUCUUGGGACUUCUGGGUGUCGAGGGGCUCCCGGAGAAAGGGAGCGUAGAGUACUACGUGGCUAUGGCACACCGAGACCGCAUACUUCGGGGCCGCCACCUCGCCUCUAGCAACGACCAGUCGUCGCCGCUCACUUUCGCCAACGGAAACGACACCUAUUUCUCCGCCUCUUUGGGAUUUUUGCAUUAUGCCAAUGUUUCCGUGGGGACGCCAAGUUUAUCGUUUUUGGUGGCAUUAGACACAGGCAGUGAUUUGUUCUGGCUACCAUGCGAAUGUAAGAAAGGCGGUUGCAUUACAGGCUUACGGUUAUCAUCAGGGCAGGUAUUCAACCUUAGCAUUUACAGCCCCAAUAACUCAUCAACAAGCGGAAUAGUUGCCUGCAACGGUCCCUUAUGCGAACAAACUCAAUGCCCUUCAGCAACUAGUGCUUGUGCUUAUCAACGUGUGUAUCUUUCUAGUAAUACUUCAUCUACUGGGAUCUUGGUGGACGAUGUUUUGCACUUAAUUACAGAUGAUGAUCAACUAAAGCCUGUUGACGCUCCGAUUACUUUUGGUUGUGGUCAAAGCCAGACUGGUUCUUUUUUGGAGGGUGGAGCACCAAACGGUCUAUUUGGGCUUGGUAUGGAGGAUAUAUCUGUUCCUAGCACCUUAGCAAGAAAUGGGCUAGCAUCGAAUUCUUUUUCCAUGUGUUUUGGACCUGAUACUUUGGGGAGAAUCACUUUUGGAAAUAAUGGCAGCUCAGACCAAAAAGAAACACCAUUCAAUGUCAGGCAAUCACAUCCUACUUAUAACAUCAGCAUCACUCAAAUAACUGUGGGAAAAAAUUCUUCUAAGCUGGGGUUCAGUGCAAUCUUUGACUCUGGUACAUCGUUUACAGCCCUAACCGACCCAGCUUAUACUUUUAUUUCUGAGAGUUUCAAUUCCAACGUUCAAGAAAAGCGGCAUGCAUCUGAUUCCCAGCUCCCUUUUGAAUAUUGUUAUAACUUAAGUGCAAAUCAAAGCGUCGAUAUGAUUCCUGAUGUGAAUCUGACAAUGAAAGGUGGAGACAUAUAUUUUCUCCAUAGUCCCAUAGAAUUGUUCUCUAUUCAGGGUGGAUAUGUGUAUUGUCUGGCUCUUCUCAAAAGCGAAGAUAUAAACAUCAUAGGACAAAACUUCAUGACUGGUUAUCACAUUGUUUUUGAUCGCAAGAGAAUGGUAUUGGGUUGGAAGGACUCUAACUGCUACGAUGAUGUGAAUUCGAACACUCUAGCAGUCAGCCCAUCACCCUCUCCUGGUGGUUCCCCCACUGUCGUCAACCCAGAAGCCGCAAAACCGAAUGGAAACAAUUCUAGUAUACCUAUGCCAUCACCAUCCAAUCAUUCACCUAAGUUGAAGUUUUGUACUUACACUCUCUCAAUGCUUUUUGUUUCAUUUUUUGCCAUUGUUUGAUCAAUUCUUUUUUUUUCCUGAGGCUUCUCGACCCCUGUAUCAUACACAUUGAUAUGCAUUGUAUUUCAGGUUUACAGCAUUUUUUUUUGUUUCUUUUAUUUUCUUCAAACAAUAAAGAAUAGGAAGCAUUGUUGGCUUCUUCUUCUUCUUUUUUCCUCUCCUUUUUGUGUUUGGGGGCAAUUAUUUGAACAUGGGGUUGUAAAUAAUGAAUUUUUAUAUUCUAGAUAAUUUAUAAACAGAAGCCAUUGUUAUAGAGUUGUUA